CCAGGGGGUGUACAUGGAAAACUGCUUCCAUGCCUCGGAAGAAUAAAGGCUGCAUUUGUUUUUUUCAUGAAACGGAGAUAAAAUGAAAACCAGUAGAAAGAGGUCAUACAGAGCCGUAAAGUACACGUUAUUUGUCUGUUGCUACAUCUUCUGGGUAUUUAGUGCUGUCCUGAUUGCUGUUGGGAUCUACGCGAAGGCUGCCAAAGAGUCAGACGUAGUAGACACGCUGAUCACAGAUCCAGCACUGUUGUUGAUCAUCGUGGGUUCUCUCAUGUUCACCAUCACGUUCUUCGGGUGUUUUGGAGCAUUGCGCAACAUCUCUGUGCUGCUGAACACGUUUGUAGGAAUAUUGUUGGCCAUUUUGCUGCUGCAAGUCACUACUGCUGUGCUGGGCCUUCUCUUCUCUGAAAAGGUUCAAGAGAGGACCGAGCUGAUGAUGAUGAAUGCGAUUGUGCGCUAUCGGGACGAUCAGGACUUAGAAAAUGUUAUUGAUUUUGUACAAAAAAAGUUUCAGUGUUGUGGGGUGGAUUCCUUUAAAGACUGGUCUAAAAAUAUGUAUUUCAACUGUUCUGCCCCCAGCCUGGAGGCCUGUGGAGUGCCCUACUCCUGCUGUAUACGGCACAAGAAUGAGACUGUGUUUAACUCCAUGUGUGGCUAUGAGACACAAAAGACAAAAACUGUUUCCAGUCAGUUCAUCCACACCAUCGGCUGUCUGGAUAAAAUCGUCUGGUGGGGAAAACAGAACCUUCUGCUGGUGGGAGGGAUCACCCUUGUCCUACUUUGUCUUGAGAUAUGUAUGAUGUCACUGGCUGCAGUACAGCUCUGCCAAAUCAGAAAUGUUCAAAUGAAGAAGGGGAAAGCUAACGUGGGCCAAAACAUUUGUUGCAACAGAAAGUCUUGACAGUUUUUAGACACCCAUCUUUCACCAUGUGUUCACAUUGCGAUUCAGUUAUGCGCUGCAUUAGAAAUAACCAGUAUAUAAAAUGUUUCAAAUUAGAUGCUAAAAUGUGAAUGGGUCAUUCCUGCUAUGUAGUAUAUUUUCACAUCCCCAUUACGUAUACAUUUUUUAUACCGUUUUCAUGGAUAUUGUUUUCAUUGGUAAUCAAUUAACAGGGUUUUUCCCAUCUCCUCAAUAUCCUUUUCAAUAAACACAUCAUUCUCUAGGAGGAUGACAAAAGCACAAAUUAGCAAUGGAUUUUAAGAAUUGUUUUGUGGGGUUGGUUUAUCACACAUUGAAAUACCCCAUUCAAUUUGAUAAAGUGAUAGAAAUCACUAUGAUAAUAUCAACAUAAAAAAAAAUGGUUAGAAACAUUUGUUGACACCCUAAAUGACACAUGUAUAUAAACUCUCAAUCCUUCACUGAGUAAUGGCUAACUUUAGCUCUUUUUUGUCAUCUUCUUAAGCUUCCAGUUCAUUUUUUUUUACCAUUUUGUAAAAGAAAGUUCUAUAAUUAAAUAAUUAAUUAGGUUCUUUGUGCUUUAGCUUGACCAGAAAAUAUUUCUGUAAGUCUGGUAUAACCUUUUAUAGAAAUACUUUCUUAAAUUACAACACAAGCAUAUUUAUUUUCCAAAAUUACAGAGUCAAAAGUUACUGCUUCUACAUAACAGAAAUGGCCCAUAUAUACUCUUUUAUUUUACUGUGAGUUACUAAGACAAAAGCUGUGAUUAAACUCAUGUAA